UGUGUUCCAACAUUGAAGAAAUGGAGAAAAAACUACAAAAUUGUAGUAAAAUAUAUUUUCUUUGAUUAAACAUUUAAAAUGUUUAUCAUACAGGAUAAUGCAACAUCAUAUAGAGAGAAAAUUUUGAACAACAAUCCUUGAACUACAAUAGUAUUUUCACGACGCCAUUAUCGGGGGCAAAGGAUCAGAAUCCUGACAGCUAUUACAUGCAUUUCUGGGCUAUUAUGGCAUUUUCAACGAACAGAGCUAUGUUUCUAAAUCACAUAAACAGCCAAAUACCACACUGAUCGUGUAGAUCUACAUACAGAAGUCACAAUGCUAUUGCUGACGAAAUAACAAACAAUUUACAAACCUGUAGUAUACCUGAAGUCCCAGUUCUGCAGUCCCAAAGUGUGGUACAAAUUACAAUGGCAGAUAAACAACCAUUUCAUUCUGAUAAGUUACAAGCUGCUGAUGCUCAGUUAAAUAAUCCAUACUCUGCUGCGUUGUCAUACCCAGGGUCCAGUUUCUCAUCGUUAUCUGAGACUGUAAGCAGAAAUCCAUAUGGGCAAAUUCUGUUUCCAGGGAUUAGCCCCACUUCUACACAAAACAGUAACUCUAAUGGAUCAAUGAUAGGUGUGAAUGCUGUUCACCGUUACCCCUUACCUACAAGUAUUAAUCCAAUCUUGAACUCAUCACUGACACAGAGUACAGCUAGUGCCACCUAUCAAUCAGUAGCAGCAAAUAUCAAAUCUGACAGUCUGAGUGCAAAUACUGAUGAACCCCAAAUCUAUAACAAUCCUCCAGAUAUAGAUAUCAAGCUUGAUUUGUCUAAUAUGGAAACUGAUACUAAUAUGCAAAAUAAUGAUAACUGUGAUGUCAAAGGAGAACCUUCUAAUCAUGACAAUAAUGAGGCUGCAGAAGAUAGUGAAGCAACUCUUAUUGACUCAGACCAUGAACACCAACCACUAAUGGAGAAAGAUAAUAUUACUUUAACCUCUGUGCCACCCAAUGCCAGUACUCUUAUUUUACAGAAUGUUGCAUUGAAAGGAAAGCUUGCCAACCUAAGGACUUCUCAGUUAUUCACAGAUUUGAUAUUUUUACUGAAAGGAGGGCAGGAGGUAUUUGCUCAUAAGGCCCUUGUUUGUGAAUACAGUGGGUUUGCAAUGCAGAAAUGCAUGGAUAACAUAUUCAUACCUAAUGAGAGGUCAACAGUUCAUAUUGACCUCACUGUCAUACAAGAGCUUGAGAUAAAUGAACAAUUAUUGAACACUGCUCUUGAUUUCAUAUAUGGCAUUAAAGUCACAACAACUCUAUCAGAAGUAACGGUAUUAAAGCGUUUAGCGAAUGCCUUGAUAAUGCCAGACUUAAUCUUCAGUAUUGGUGAAGCCUUGAAAAAGAUCAAAAAAGAAAAUGAACAAAUUAGUAUUAAAAAAGAAAAUGUUGAAUAUGUUAAUGACAAUGAGGAAAAUAAUGACAAUGACGAGUCUUAUCCUUUGGAAGACACAGAGCCACAGACACAGAUUGAAAAUCAAAAAAUUACGAACGCCCCAGUCGGAAUCAUGGGAACAUCAGGCUUAUCUGGAAAGGGUAAUAAAAGGAAACGUGGCAGACCGCAAAAAGUUCAGGUCGAGAAAAUGAACGCUGUUAACACUGAAACGAAACGACCUCCUGGUAAAAAACGAGGACGAAAAAAGAAAAUCAAAACUGAGGAAAAAGAACCUGAAUCUAAUGAUCUUGAAACAAAUUUUGAAACAGCCCCAGUUAAUGUUAAAAUGUUGGAGGCACCUUCUAAUGUUGAGGAUUCUUAUAUUGAAGAAGAUGCUGGUGCAGAGGAGACAGAUGUAGUUGAUGACAUGGAUGAUGAUUGGAAUGCAGAUGCAAGUGAUAAUGAGGAGGCAAACUAUGAAGAAGAGCCUGUUAGUGAAGAGGAUCCAACUGAUGCAGCUUACAGGCCAAAACAAGGUCGUAAACCUCCUAAAACAUCUGGUAAAUCAAGUAAAGCAGCUAAAGGUUACAAAACCUCUUUUGUGUGCAAGAAAUGUGACAAUCUGAAGUUUAAGACUCGCCAGGAAGCAUUUGAGCACAAGAAGUCUGUCCAUAGCAUGUUUAGCUGUGACUUGUGUAUGAGGGUGUAUGAAACUGAGGCCUCGCUGAAAGUUCACAAUAUGACACACACAGGUGACAACCCGUAUAUAAUCAAAACAGACACAGGCAAAGUUUUGUACCAAUGCGACAUCUGUCAGGAAGAGUUCACUGAACGAGACAGGUUUUAUACUCACAUGCGAGCACAUAGGGGAAAGAAAGCACUGGAGUGUCAAAUUUGUGGACUACGGUUUGAAUGGUUUAGAAAUUACACCGAUCAUCUUACCAGUCAUUCAAGCUAUAAGUGUUUCAAGUGUAGUCUCUGUGAGAGUUCUUUUAAACGGGAGAAUGCACACAGAAAACACAUGAAGAUAUACCACAAGGAGUAUUCAGCACUUGACCAUAUGUAUAUUCAGCCUAAAUCAAAACCUGACCCUGGGAACUUCCCUUGUGACAUGUGUGAGCAGUUGUUUGAAUAUGAAAUAGAUUUGCUUCGACAUAAGCGGACACAUACAGGUCCAUUCCAGUGUGAAAAAUGUGACAAGCAAUUUGUGAAAAAAGACAAGUAUAAUCGGCAUGUUUUGGCACAUACCAAACCAUAUCAGUGUGAAUUUUGUGGAAAGGGAUUUGGACGCAAAGAUCAUUUACAAAAGCAUAAUCGUAUUCAUACUGGCGAGAAGCCACAUAUUUGUGACAUCUGUGGAUUAAACUUUAUGUUCCCAGCAAGUUUAAUAUCUCAUAAGCGCUCCAAACACCAAACUGAUCAACCCUUUAUGUGUCACACAUGUGGGAAACAAUUCAAGGCUCCAUAUGCUCUUAAGGAGCAUCAACGUCUCCAUAGCAACCUCAAGCCAUUCAAAUGCCCACAUUGCGAUAAAUCAUUUGCGCAAAGGAAGUACCACUAUCGACAUGUCAACACACACCUUAAACCAUUCAAAUGUUCAGUGUGUACUAAGGGAUUCAGUCGUUUCUCACAUCUGAAGAAACACACAGGGAGUCAUCAUAAGUCAGUUGAGGGGGGUAACCAGAGUGCCGUACUCUCUAAGGCUAAGCGGAAAGCCAGAGAGGUUAGAACUGGUAAAGGUAGCAUACAGUUUCAACAACAAGGUAGCUUGCAGCAACAACAAAUACAACAAAGCUUCCCACCUAAUGAAGACUUGUUGAAAUCUGCACAAGGUAUGCCCCCUGAAAUCUUGAUGCAUUCACACCCAAUGCUCCAAUCUCAAAUUCUACCAGAUCAACAUAAUUCAACAUACCAACUUUUGGUACCAGCAAAUAAUCACCAUACCCAGGAUCUUAAUGCUGAUAGAAGUAACACCAGGGAGAGACUUGGAGUUGAGGAUAGGGGGAUGCGUAUGGUAGAUACAAGGUCACAUAUGGGAGAUUCAAGGCCACAUAUGGGAGAUUCUAGGCCACAUAUGGGAGAUGCAAGGUCACACAUGGGAGAUACAAGGCCACAUUUAGGAGAUUCAAGAACUCAUAUUGGAGAAACAAGUUCACAUUUGGGAGAGACAAGGGCAUAUAUUGGAGAUCCUAGAACGCAUUUGGGAGACACAAGGUCCAAUACCGGAGAGAAAUCUCUAGACUUUAAUCCUAACAGUAAUCAGAUGUAUACAUUACCUAUGGAUCCAGAUCAACAAGCGUACAAUAGCAUACUAAAUCUAACUCCUGGUCUCUCACAUCUCAUGCAUUAUAAACCAUAGAAAAUGAUAUGCAUAAUAAAUUAUUGUUAAAAUAUUCCUGAUUAUGUGCAAUAAAAAUGUGUCAUUUAGUGUUUUUGUAUUUUAU